UGACUUAACGAACGUUUUGUUUUGAACUACAAUUUGGGUAACGAUGUGUUAUGUGUUGAUUGUAUCAUAAUUCGUGACAAAAAGCGAUCUCAUACGAAACACGAUAGGAAGUGAAAUAUUACGUAGUUUAAUUAUACGAUUGACCUCAUACGGCCCAGUUGCUCGACGGUUGGCGCCCACGCGAAGUGAAAUAAACGGCCCAAUCAUUGAAGUCUGAGGUCGAAUUAUUCUCAAUCUGGUGUCCAAAUCGUGGGUGAUUCGUGUGUGCAGUGAAGCGAACAGGCUGAUCAUGUCUCGAGCAAAACCACAAUGGCAGCUGCAGGCUUUAGCAGCACAUAGACGUGACAAUGAACUUCGUAGGGCUGAAGAGCUGCGGAAGGUUGCAGAUUACUUUGAGACAAACACCAACAAGUCAAAGCACCAUGAGCUGUGGACAACAGAUGAUUAUUAUGAACGAGCCAAGAAAGAAGCUGAGAUACUACAUCAGAAAAAAAUGAGAUCAGCUAAAUUAGAAGAGAGACGUAAGAAACUGGAACUAAUGUUGUUCCAAGAAAAUAUGCAGUACCAACAGGAGUUGAAAAUGUUAGCCGCUCAGCCAAAAUACUACAGGAAUGGUUCAUAUCUCAACAAAGUACCAACAUCCACCCUGCAAGAAAUCAACCAGGGCAUCAUGGAGAAGGAGGAACAACUGCGUAGACAUGAGGCGGAGUUACGCUUGCAUCAUGCCUGGAGACUGCGCCAGCCUGAGCUGAGGGCUGCCAGCACUUAUCUAGCUAAUGGGAAACUUAAAUCUGCCUGGAUGGAACAAAUAGUCGAGAAGGAAUUACAAAAGAAGAAGGAAGAAGAGGAAACUAGAAAAUGUCUACAGGAAAGAGACGAGGCGCUGCGGAGGCAGAUUCAAAUAGAAGAAGAGAGAUUAAAAGAGAAAGAGCUACAAAUGAAGGAGCUCCGUGAAGGUUUAGAAGGGCAGAUAGGAGAGUUAAGUGAGAAAGAGACAGUUGUUAAAAAGUUGAGAAAGCAGGAAGAGAAAGAGAAGAUGAUAUUAGAUGAGCUAUUAUUCAUAUCUGAAGAAAGAGAGAGAGAACACGCAAAGCUUUUGGCAGAAAGGGACACGAAUAUUGUGAACAUGGGUUUACAUAAGUACAAAUUGAAGAGAAAAGUGGCCGCUGUUAUGAGGGAGAUAGAGUUAGACUUAAAAAUGUUGGACAAAUUGCAAAGAGCAGUUAUUAAGGAUUUCGACUAUGAACAAGAGAAGUGUGCUAGUUAUAAGAGAGUGGUGCAGGCGGCGCUGCUGGAAGUAGAGGAGUGGAGAGAGAGGGAACGACAGAGACAGAAGAACAUUGAGGUUAUGUACGACGGAGAAGCGAGACAGAUCAAUGAGAAACAAGACAAGCUGUGGGAGAAAGAGCGCGAAGCUCGAGCCGUACUAAUGAGGGACGUAGUGACGUCACUAAAAAGACAAGUAGAAGAGAAGAUAGAAGCAGGCAGGCAGCUGCAGCGCGAGAACGUGCUGGAGAGGGAGAAGAUACUCCAGGAGAUGGAAGACUUCCACCAGCAAGUACGAGCUAAAGAACGGGAGACACAGUUGAAGAAUACAGAAUACUCGACAAUAGCGGCGCUGCAGUCUCAAUUAAACGGUCUCAGAGUGGAGAAGGAGAGGUUAGAAGAAGUUGUAGAGAGGGAAGCUGACGUCAGAGCCGCCAUACACAAUGAGAAGAAGUUGCGGACAGAGAUCGCUCGGAUGCAUAGAGAAGGUAAUAAACAAGCGUGGUCUUAACCUUCUGAUAAUGUUUUCAUUGCGAAACAUCUACAAAAACAUGUUUUCAUUUAUUGAACGAUAGAUUUUAAGCACAUUUUUUUUAGUUAUGAAUUAUAAGUGAAAUCACCAAUACUUUAUUUUUUUAUAUUCCAUAAAAUCUUUUACUAUAUGAAAAUUUUAAUUUUUAAAUUCAGAACUUUACCAUUACAAACGGAUAUUUCUAAAAUUUUAUCGUGAUAGUAAUUCCGUCUAUUUGUGAUAUUUAUGCAAAGAAAUUAUUGCACAGGGUGUUUGAUAACAAAUUUAAUUAAAUUUAAAUAUAUUAAAGAAUAUGAUGAAAAUUGAAAGCAUUAUAUAAGCAUUUAAAUAUUUACAAAUACAGCAAAGCUAUAUUUUAAUAACGAAACAAAAAUAACUGAAUACUUACAUAGAAAAAACAUAAUAUCCUUAACUAGAUUAAAAGUAACAAUGAAUUAAAACAGCAUAGCUUGUAAACGAAGAAACAAACUUUUUAACUUUAUUAUAAUUUAAGGAAAUACGAAAUGAACUGAAAAUAAUUUUAUUUCACAUGAAUUUAAGCUAUGAAUUAUUUAGUUCUGAAUCAACUUAAUACUGAAUUAGAAACAUUUAGGGCCCGUCCCACCAAAUUGUAAAUUGUCUGAGAACAAUCCAACGUGUAGAAUAUACGAUGGAAAUUUGGAUUUUGUUACCGUAUCUGACAGUGAUGUUAUUUUUAACCUAUCUGAGCCUCUAUCAGCCAGUGGUGGGACAGGCCCUUAAUGUGUUCAAAAUCUCAAUAUUUGGCUUUAAGUCGUGUAUUUUAAGAAAUGAAGUUUUUUCUAUCCCAAUUGUCCCAAUAUCGCCAGUUGCAUUUUAAUUGUGAAAAAAAAAAUAGUGUCAUUUGUAACAAGAUCAUUAUUUUUACAUAUUUUGUG